CCUACUUUUUCUUUUAUUUUCUUGGCUCAUAAACAUGAAUCCUUGCUUCCAUCUACUCUCUGUUUUGUGGAUACAAUGUUUCAUAGUUUGCUCAGCUAUAAGUCUCAGGAAUCUCACCACUGAUCAGUUUGCACUUAUCCAGUUUAAAGAUGGUAUUGCAGAUCCUCAAAAUGUAUUGGCUAACAACUGGACGAUCUCUAGUUCAGUUUGCAAGUGGGUUGGUGUUUCUUGUGGUGCCAUCCAUGAAAGAGUUGUAGCUUUGAAUCUUACAAACAUGAAUCUUACGGGUAAUAUUCCUCCACACCUUGGAAAUCUUUCAUUUCUACAUUCUCUUGACUUUGGCACCAACCAUUUCUAUGGCCAUCUGCCUAAAGAAUUGGGACACCUGCAUCGUUUGAAGGUCCUUCGAUUAAGCUUCAACCAUCUUAAUGGAGAAAUUCCAUCCUGGCUUGGGAACCUACACAAAGUUAAAAUGUUGGGAAUGAGAAACAAUAAUUUCACAGGUACAAUCCCUCAAACACUUGUCAACAUGUCCAAUCUAGAGAUCUUGGACCUGAGAGUCAAUCAUCUGUUCGAUCAAAUUCCAUCUUCCAUCUUCAGAAUUACCUCUUUGAAAGAGAUUCAUCUCGACGAUAAUAGUCUUUCUGGAAGCUUGCCCGAAGAUCUGUGUCGCCAUCUUCCCAAGCUUGAAGUACUUCGUUUGGGAGAGAAUGAAUUGUCGGGCAAUAUCCCAUUACAUGUAGGCAAAUGCAGCAACCUUCAAAUAUUGACAUUGCCUAUUAAUAAAUUCAGUGGGACCAUUCCAAGAAGCAUCGGAAAUUUAACACAACUCAAACAAUUAUAUUUGGGAGCCAAUAAUCUACAAGGUGAAAUUCCUGAGGAAAUUGGCAACCUUUCUAGUCUGGAGGUGCUAAAUAUUCAACAAAUUAAAGGCUUUAUAGGUCAAAUCCCGACUUCUAUCUUCAAUAUUUCUUCUCUGAAAACUAUUGUUCUCUCCAACAACAGUCUACGGGGUAGUUUGCCGGAUGAUUUAUGUCACCGUCUUCCUAAGCUUGAGAAGCUUUAUUUAAAUAUGAACAAUUUAUCCGGAAAUAUUCCAACAAGCAUUGGAAAUCUGACGCAACUCAAAAUAUUAGAUUUGGCGAUAAAUAACCUACAAGGUCCAAUUCCGGCUUCUAUCUUCAACAUUUCUUCUCUGAAGAUUAUUGAUUUCUCCGACAAUAAACUAUCAGGUGGAAUCAUUCCAACAAGUAUUUGGAAUUCAACUAUGCUCCAGGAGAUACAUCUAUAUGACAACAACUUAGAAGAAUCAUUUGACCUAGAACCCUUUACUCAUGAGUGGUCCUUUCUUUCUUCUUUGUCGAAUUGUAGGAAUUUGACAAAAAUAUCGGUUUCGGGAAAUCCAUUGAAUGGCCUACUUCCUACUUAUAUCGGGAACUUUUCGACAUCCCUUCAAUACUUUUACGCUUCAGACUGUGAGCUUAAAGGUAAUAUUCCUAUGGAGAUAGGUAACUUAAGCAGCUUGUUGCUUUUACAGCUUGGCAACAAUCAAUUGAGUGGAUCUAUUCCCACCUCAAUAGGACGACUGAGAAAUCUCCAAGUUUUGUAUCUUUCCUCUAAUAAAUUAGGAGGUCCUAUCUCAGAAAGCAUAUGUGGUUUGAAGGGAUUAUACAGUUUGUAUUUAUCGUUGAACGAGCUGCAUGGACCUGUACACACUUGUUUUGGUAAUUUGACUUCUUUGGGAUAUCUUUACUUGGAUUCUAACAAGUUGACUUCUCCAAUACCUUCAACUUUGUGGAAUGUUAAAGAUAUCUUAGAAUUAGAUUUAUCAUCAAAUUACCUUAACAAUUCCCAUGCUAUUGAUGUUGGAGUUUUGAGGAGUCCAUUGAAAUUGAAUUUAUCAAGGAAUCUGCUCACUGGUGAUAUCUCAUCUACAAUUGGAGAUCUUCAAACUUUGGUUUCACUAGACUUGUCUAUUAAUAAGUUACAUGGUCAUAUCCCUGAAUCGUUUGGUGGUUUGAUUAGUUUGGGAUUCUUGGAUUUAAGCAAUAACAAUCUCUCUGGAACUAUUCCCAAGUCUUUGGAAAAACUUUCACAUCUAAACUUUUUUAACGUGUCUUUCAAUAGACUUGAAGGAGAAAUUCCCACCAAUGGAUGUUUUCCAAACUUUUCUAGCACAUCAUUCAUGAAUAAUUAUGCUUUUUGCGGUUCACCUAGAUUGCUAAUCCCACCAUGCAAGAAUAGCAUCCACAAAAACUCCAAGAUGACGACCGUAGUGCAUGCUUUAAAGUAUGGCUUACCAACAAUUGGUGUUGUCCUAAAUUUCACAAGCUGA